CAUUGACAUGGCCGACACAUUUCUUCGUGUCUGCUAAGCAAGUUUUCUCACUUUACCUCGUUGUAUUGUGAAGAAAGCAGAUUUACCGGUGUACUUUGAAGUAAUCUGGGAUACCAGCGUGAAAUCAGACAUGGUUUAUAUGGCCAGGUGACAAAGGGACAAAGCAUUGCAGACCACAGGGGGUGGUCAGUGGCAAGAUCACCAGACCAUGGGCACCUUGGAGCACAGCUGACAAACCUGACACCCCCGCUGUGAAAUGAGCGGUGACCACAGGUCAGGCGCAAUGGAGGGACAAGGGGAACAGCAUGGUCGCAAGUCGCGCUGGAAAGACGAAAAGACGGACAGAUCCAAGGAUUCGUUGGAGCGUAAAGUCCGCGAGCUUCAGCAUCGUCUGGAUGAGGAGAAACAGGCAUCCAGGCGCGAGAAACUUUCGUUAGCUCGUCUCCAGCGAGAGAUGGCUCGCCAGAAGAGUGAGCUCCCCUUGAGGGAGGGCGUGGCCGCGGAGUUGGAGAGGGAGAAGAUGCUGAGGGUGGACAGCGAGCAGAGGCUCAGAGACAUGACCAUCGAAAACGACUCGUGCAAGGGGCGGCUCAGGGCGCUACAGGAGGAGUUCAAAAAAAUGGAGGAAGUUGUACAAAACAUGAUGCAGUACAAGACGAAGAUUGACCAGUUAAAACAGGAAAAGUCCAGUUUGGCUGUCACCUAUGAGUCAAAUCUACAGAAAUACAGGAGUCAGAUGAACUGUUUAGAGAGAGAAAAUAUGAUGUUACUGAACGAGGUGAAGAAAAAAGAAUCUCAGACUGGGUGUAUGUCAGAUAGCCGUGACAAGACCAAACUACUGCUGGAGCGACUGCGAAUCAUAGAAACAGAGAACUCCUCACUAGUGCUGGAAAAUGAGCAACAACGACAGCAGUAUGAGAAAUGCCUGGAUGAGAUAGCCAAUCAAGUGGUGCAGGCUCUUCUUGGACAAAAGACUCUGCGUGAGGAAUGCCUGAAGUUACAAGGUCGAGUUCAAGAUUUAGAGCUACAGAACCAACAACUGAAUCUCAUGUUCCAGCAUAAGAUGCAGUUUUCUUCCGAACCACUUCUACAGAAUUACGAUGAUUGUGCUCGACCCAAAAACCCCAAAUCUUCGCCAUCCUGGUUGAAGGAUCAGCUAGGGCUUGCGGGUAUCCCUUCAGAUGCUCUGGACGGCGGGGAUUUCAGGAAAGAUGCUGCCAUGACAACCAGUGACCCGAGUUUUCUUCGUCAUAGCAACGGCCACAUAGCAUCGCCAGGGUCUGUGGAAAAAAGGUUCAGAAUGAAAAUUGAAACGGAGUUCCCUGCGUCAAGCAAUUCCAGUCCAAAGAUGAAACACGUAGGGAUAGUGGCUUGUGGGCCAAGCGAACAGAACUGUUUAUCUGCUAAUCACAGCCGUGCUUCAUCUGUAAGUGCCUUGUCCCUGUCCAAUCAGAAUUUAUCCAGCUCGCCCCUGCUCACUGAAUCUGACAGCCUGUGUGUCCGUAAACUUUCCAGAGAGGAAGGCGUCAAGUCGCCAGGUUGGGAGUGGGUGAGCCCGACCGGCAGUCGCCAUGACAACCAACCGUUUCUCUCACCCAUCGAUGACUGCAGCGAUGACGACGAAUCGGUGCAGAUGACCCAUGAUUUUAGCUCCGCCUCCACGAUGUCUCUGAAUGAGAUUCUGGAUGAUCGAGUGGGAAUGGAAGUCGCCGAAUCAGAGAUGGAGGAGACUCAUGCAGGCAGUAGUAUAGAGAAUUUAUCCAUCCCGGCCGUGUCUGAGGCUUCCAUUUUCUUCGCUAUGAAACCGGGGCAGAAUUCUCUCUCAGGGAUCGCCAGCCUUGUGCAGACCUCAUCGCCGGACAGCGACAGUGGGGUCCACACACCAUGCAUUACCUCUCCUGUUCGAAGCGAAGACAAGUCAGGGUCUUCAGGUUCUUCGGGGCCUUCGGGGCCACAGAUUACUCUAGCGUCUACCUCCACCCCUUUCAGGGCCUCAGUUAGCAUCCCCACACCUAUGCAGACCCAUGGAUCUUCCACCCCUCCCGAGAGGCCCCAAUCUCUGGAGCUCAGGAGAAACGGAUCUACCUCCGCAAGUUGCAAAUCAAAUGCACAUUCGCGCUCGAUAAUCCCCAAGAGGAUUGAAACAAAGUCCUCCUCGCUGCCGUUGGCCAAAACGAAAACGGACAGCAGCGUGACUUCCAAAUCAUUUAAAUUCAAAACGGACCAAUCACAUCCUUCUUCACUGAAAUACGCUACUAGCUCGACCAAUCAGACUGACUCUACUUCGUCAGGCAACUCCAAAUAUGGUGCUAGACCCCCUGUUAGUAAGUCAGGAAAAGUGUCCGCCUUACCUCGAAAAAUUUCCAAUCAUUCAUCGAGACGAACUCCAGACCUUUUGCCGCCAAAUAUAACAUCAACUCCAUCAACGAGCUCGAAGCGAAACUACCAAAAACUGCCUGAUAGGAAUCGAACCGUUGUCAUUGCAAGCGCCAUGACAGAUCCAAACCAUAUUUCGAAAGCUUUUGAAUAUUGUGCAACUAACUCUACAUACGUGCCAGGUAUAGACACCCCUACAGUGCCCAGAGAGACUGUUCUUGUUGAGCCAUUCUGCGGGAACUCCUGCAUUUCUUUUGUUUAUAAGCAUCCAAGUAUUUCAUCGGAUUCAAGCAGCGAGAGUAUUCGCGUGGAACGAUCAGGAAGCAAAGAUGAUGGCUAUUCAACAAUGUCGAGCGAUGUCCACCAGGAGGCAUCUGAAAAGUACGCUGACGGAACGGUGAAAAGAGGUGGACUUUUGAAGCAGGAUAGUCUGGAAAUUACGUCUGUGUCACCUUGUUUUACUGACGACACCACAUCACCUUCACCUGUUUUCAUAAAGCAGCCCCCUAAACCGCCUCCGAAGCCGUCGAAAAUGCCCGUGGCUCUAAAGUCAAACAAGAAGAAGACUACCCCGCCUCAACCACCUCCUAAACCCACAAGUCCACGAAAACCAAGUAAACUUCCUUUAUUUCGCUCAUCGUCUGUUUCUGCAGAAGCCAAAACUACACCCAAAGAGAGUACGGUUGUCCAAACUCCAUCACCCACCACAAGUAGAGUUCGUCAGAUGGCGAAAAUGUUUGAAGCAAAUGCGUCAAGUGUGGAAAGACCACCUUGUAAGAGCAACCGCUACAGUUUCCAUGGCGACUUUAAUUACUUGUCCAAAAACAUGGCCCAGAAUGAACCGAAGAAAAACUUCCGUCACAGCUAUAAUGGUUCCAUCACCAUGACCACCAGUAAUUUGAAUGAAGAUUUAUCAACAGUAAACAGUGGUGCUACUCAAAAUCCUUUACCAGUACUCACCAAGGAUUUAGCAUUGGUGGCCAAAAGCAAUGAUCAUAGUAAUUUAUCUGUAGAUGAAGAUUUGAAAUCUUCACAUAGGACACUGGAGAACUCUGCAAAGAGAUCUUCUGAAGAUCUCCACGAAAGGGAGACAACCGUGCCAAACAGUUUUGAACAAAGCAAAGAGAACAAUAAUUUUUCAGUAGAGAAACAAACCAGUGUAUUAGGGAGUGCCAAAUCCACAGACAACGAAGUAACACAAAGCCAUUUUGCAGAUUCAGUUCUAACAGACAUAUCCUCGAAAGAUUUACUUUGUGCGGCGCUUGCCGAAGAAUUUUCCAGUCCUGACUCAAUCUCACCAAUAAGCGAUGGUUCCGAAGACUCGCUGACACAAAUGAAAAUGGUGGAAAGUGAUAGUGUUGAGAAUUACCUGAUGUACGGAGGUCUUGACAGUCAGCUGUCAGAUGUACAAAGUCCUGAUGUACAAAUUGAGGGACGGACGAGAGACUGUCGAAUCCUUCACGAUAUCACUGAGGAAAGCGACGCAUCGCAGAGUUCAGCAGCAGACAACUACAUCCGUCGGAAGAUGGGAGCACGGGUGAAGUCAGCUCAAAGAAAAAUGCAGCAUUCAGUUAAAAAAGCAGACGAACAUGUCCGUCCUGUUAAACUCAGAAUGUUGAAAUCUUUAUCUGAUUCAGACCUGCACAAGAAACAACGCAUCACAAACUCUUGGCUGGGCCGACAUGAGCCUCAAGUCACAAACAUUUCAGCGGGUGGUGGUAAUGAACGCUCGGCUUCGCUAGGAGACAUCACUCUGCCCUGCACACCUCUCUCAUCGAUGUCGCUCUCGUUACGACGUAGCCCCCGUCAGGUGCUGAUUGAUGAAGACACCCUGUCACAGAAGGCAGCCAUGUUGCUUCACCGAGAGCAUUUUUCGGAUGAUGUGUACAAUUACAGCAGUGACUCUGAGAGUGACUUUGAAGAGACAAUAAAUUUUAUAGCCCUCUGGCAACAGCGACCAAAGGGAAGGAACUCCCUCCCGGAGUGGAACCCAAAACAGACAUUGGCGGAAGCAACAAAGGGAGGAUUAAAUUUUACCAAGGAUUUAAAAAACUUGAAAAGCUCCAAAGACGUUGAUGAGUGGCUUCUUCAAUUUUCGGACAAAGACAUUGACAGUCAUUUGUGUGAAACAAACGACAGCAACUUUAUUUUGCUUAAAAGUAAUGACAGGACUUUCGAAAAUAAUUUCGACGAAGGAAGCUGCGAAGCAUCGGCGGCUCAAUGUGAGGAUGUUGCCAUGGCAACAGAGGAGGACUCAGAAGGUGAUAUUGAUGCUCAAACAUCUUUUCGAAGGGAAUUUUACAGCCUUUGUCGUGUUGGGUCAAACAAAAGUCUAUGUUCAGGUAGUGGAAUUAUGGGUAGUGACUUAGACCUUGGUGCAUUGAACUCUGGGAAUGCUGUAGUUGGAACCCCGUUAGAAAACUGUGUUCAGGACUUGUGCACCAACCCUUCCUUAGCAACGGGGACGUCCAAUGAAAAAAUGGCAGAGUUUGACAAAAUUUCCCAGCAAAUUGCGUCUCUAUCUCAGACCGUUGAUGAUCUCAAUAGAAGUUUGUCGAGUCUAGACAGCGUUGGCGGAAGCUCAGGAGAUCUUCGCCUGGACGACUUUCAGCCUUCCAACAAAGAAGAGUCCACAGAUGGUUUCCACUGGGUGGAAGAUGAUGAGUUUUACCUGGAGCCAUGCAGUGGGGAAGUCAUGGUUCGAGAUGUGGCUCUGCUUCACACAGACGACGGCAGCUACAGCUCUGAUUGGAUGAAUGAGUAUGCCAAAUCGUCCUAUCAGGAACAAGAUGAGGAUUUCCAUAAUCAUCUUCAGGACCUUUCCGAAGAGUCCUUCCUUCCUCAGCAUCACAGUGCUCAACGCCGUCACCACGGCAACCACGUAAUUUCACCAGAGGAAAUGAUUGCAAGAGAUGCUGAGACGCGUGCAAGUUUAUUGGACACUAUGAUGGAUUUUGGGGGCAGCACAAGUAGCCUGUCCAGCUCUGCCGAUUCCCCAUCUCAGAUUCACUUUCUCAAAAAUUCUCCCGUUAAACAUGGUGCUAAACAUUUUCCAAAGGAUAGGAGACGGAAGGGUAAACUUGAAGUGAUGAGACCAAUUUGUAUUAGGCAGCGGCCCACAAUUGAUUUUUCUACAUUUUUUACUCGCUACGAAGAGCCAGAAAAAAGGGCAGUUUCUUCUUUUGACUUCCUGGACAACAUUUCUACCUCUAGCUCUGAAGAGGACCAGGGCAGCGGGAAUUGCGUUCGCGAGUUAGGUGACGAACAUUCGGAGGGAGCCAUUAUUUUCAGAACUGGCAUUGAUGUCCAAAAUGGUUCAACUCAGGCAGUGUACCAGUCAUUAUGUUGUACAAAUACACCAGAAUUUUUUUCAGGUGGUGGAACGUCAUCUUCAAAGAGAAAGUUCAGAGAGAGCAGAAAACGCACACAAACUCCCAAAGUUCUAAAACAAGCUGCCAAUCUGACCAAACGACUUUCUAACAGCUCAUUAGACGCUCAGGAAACCCACUGCACAGAGAGUUUGAAUUUUAGCGACUCCUGUUGCGAGAGGUAUUCCCCUUCCUCAUUUCACGCGAACGGCUUUUCAGCCUCGUAAAGGGAAAACAACUAUGCAAAUAUCAUCAACAUGCAUACUUGUGAACCAAAGGGUUGCUUGUUUUCAUCAUGUGUUUUCUGUAUUGGACAAAGCAAUUGUGGCUCUAUUUGUAUCAGGUACGUGUUUAUCCUACCUUUGUUUAUGAAGAGUUAUUCAGGGAACUUAACUCUUAAACGUAGGGAAGGCAACUCCGCUUUGGAAGCAAGGGAAAAAACAACCCUGUAUUAUUAUCACUUAGCAUUGUCAUAUACUUAUGUACAUGUGUUCAGCAAUACUCAGAAUAUUUAGAACAUAAUUACCAAGGUAAUUAAUUUCGAGGGAAACUUGCAGUUCUCGGCGAAGUUCGAGCACCAUUUUUGUAUGAAGGUUUUUGCCUUUUUGUAACCCAUUUUUAACACUGUGUGUAGUACUUAUAAAACAAAGUAAUUAAUAAUGGAAAAUAUUUUGAUAUAAUUUAAUCAAUUUCAUUUAUAAGUAUGCUUAGGGAUUGCACUUUAUUGUGUUAUGAGUUAUAUAUAGGAUAGGAUAUAUCUCAAAUUAUUAUUAUUUGUAUAAAAAUUAAUACGAAUCUUUGUUUUUGUGUGAUAGCAUGUCGAGUUUGUCGCCCUGUUAAAUAU